UGUUACUACUCAACUGCAGCUCUCUUUCCUUCAUUAUUGAAUUCCUUUCCAUCUUCAUCAGAUUCCCACUGACCAGUACUGUUGCAACUUGCAAGCAUGGAAGUUAUGGCUUCCAAUGCUGCAAGUUCCUUUGAUCCUGAAGAUGGAUCCAACUAUGACAAUGCUAAUGAAGUGAAAGCAUUCGAUGAAACCAAAGCUGGUGUUAAGGGACUGGCAGACUCUGGUGUGAUCAAGAUUCCCAGGUUUUUUGUCCACCCACCAGAUAAAACCCAGCAAGCAUCAUCCAAGUCUAGCAAUAUCAGCCUUCAGGUUCCAAUAAUAGACUUUGAGGGGUUUGAAAGUUCUCGGCGGAUAGAGGUAGUGAAUGAGAUUCGCAAAGCAUCAGAAAACUGGGGUUUCUUUCAAGUUGUUAAUCAUGGGAUUCCAGAAAAUGUCAUGGAUGAGAUGUUAGCAGGAGUGAAACGGUUCCAUGAGCAACCUCAAGAGGUGAAGAUGGAGUUCUACUCUCGUGACGCUGAUCAACGAGUCAAGUUCUUCACUGGUGUUCUCCUUCUGACUAAAGAACCAGCAAUUUGGAGGGAUACGGUAGCAUUUGAUUUCAAGGAUGGUAAACUAGACCCUCAACUCUUUCCUGCCAUCAUAAGAGAAGAGGUAAGCGAAUACUUCAGACACGUUACCAAGAUCGGCAAGGCACUAUCUGAGCUCUUAUCAGAAGCACUCGGGCUUCGAAGCAAUUUCCUUUCAAGCAUAGAAUGCAUGGAAACAGAAUCAUUGGUGGGUCACUACUACCCGGCUUGUCCUCAACCAGACUUGACCCUUGGCACCACCACACAUUCAGACCCAUCUUUUCUGACCAUACUUCUGCAAGACAAUAUGGGUGGCCUGCAAGUUCGUCAUCAAAAUCAAUGGCUUGAUGUCCCCCCUCUUCAUGGUGCUCUCCUAGUAAAUAUAGGGGACUUGAUGCAGCUCAUCACCAAUGACAAGUUCAGAAGUGUGGAGCAUAGAGUUCUGGCUGGAGAAGUCGGGCCUCGGAUAUCAGUAGCAUGCUUUUUCUUCCCAAGCACAGCAAAUAAGUUUAAACCCUAUGGGGUAAUAAAGGAGCUUCUAUCUGACGACACGCCCGUGAUCUAUAGAGCAACUCAUUUGGCUGAAUUCAUGGGUCAAUACAUGUCCACAGGAUCAUAUAUCUCCACCCUUUCUCAUUUUAAAGUGUCAAGUGGCCAGGCUUGUUCCUCUACAGAAGAUACUGAUUGAAAUCAAUAAACGGCCUGUAACCUAUAGCAUUAUCCUCCCUUUGUUGAAUUUUUUUAGUUGAUUUCAAGAAGUCAUUUCGGCUUUAGCUGAGCAGCUCAUCCUUUAUGCUCACUCUACAUCACUCUACAUUGUUUCCUGUUUCAAUAUUUCUGCUUUACAAUCCAAGGAACCAUUACACUUUUGCAAAAGAAGCUGUUCCUAGCUAGAACUUGUUGGCAUAGCUAGCAGAUUGUUUUGAAAACGUGUUCCAAGGCAAUUCCUUGCGAAUCUCCUAAUCCUACUGUGGAUGUCUGUUCUUGGCACCGUAAAAAGGGUGGAUCUAGUUUUGAUGCUUGUGGAUAAACAACCUAUCGAUCGCUCCAUUAUAGCAAAUUAAUGGCCCAUUGUAACGUACAUUAAAGGUAAUGGUUAUAAAGUCCUAUUCUUUUCA